CCCUCAGCUGCACAUUACAGCCGUUCUGCUGCCAGAUCUCUGCUGUGUGAUGAAGACCUGAUCCCUCUGGUUCACUCACGUUUUCUCCGCACAGAUGAGUAACACCAGCCAUGUUUGGUCUCCCGUGCUGCCCCUCACCAGCUUUGGCAAUGUGCUGAUGUUUCUCUUCAGCAUUUUCUUGGCCGCAGCCAUCAUUUUCCUCAACGUGUCCACGUCUCUCUCCAUCCUGCUCAACCGGGCGCUGCGCCAAGAGAACCGCUUCAUGUACAUGCUGAGCACCUGCUUCAGCGACAUCUGCACCGGCGCGUCUUAUUACUAUGUGGGCGUUCUGGAUGUGAAGGACAGCUUUGACUCCCCCACCAGAACCUAUUUCGUGGUGCCCACAUUUCUAGGGCUGUCUUUCAUGGCCAUCCUGGCUGCUCAGGCCGACAGGUAUCACGCAAUAGUGUCGCCCUUUACAUACUCGCAGCGCAUGACCCGAAGCAAGACCCUGAUGGUCAUCUUUGCCUACUGGUUUUAUGCGUUUUUCAUCGUGGCUAUCCACAACCUGGUUGCAGUCGGUAUUGCCAAACGUAUCACGAGCAUUGGUUCGUUUUUUGGGAACAUAGUGAUGGUGAUUAUAAUGAUAGGGCUGAAUAUCAAACUGUUCAUCAUAGCCAAGUUCCAGCUGGAGAGGGAGCAGCCCUCUGAGGAGACAGACAACAAACGCUCGUCGGUGUAUCUUAUCCUGGUGGUGGUUGUGUUUUUCCUGGGAACGUGGCUUCCGAUAUUCUGUCAUGUUACUGCUUGUAAUUUCAUUGGCAUGGUUUGCUACACCUUUAAGAAUGAAGGCACUGACCCCCUGCGCAUUUUGCCCCGGGUUAACGCCGCCCUGACCCCCCUCUUGUACAUCCGAGGCUGCGCUGCGCUCCGAGCGACGCUGCUCAGCAAAGUGUGGAGACCCUGUUGUAGGAGGAGAGUUCGUGCUCAACUGCCUGGCCGCACCAAACAGCCACUCCCUGGAGCGUGAUUUCAAACUUGGAUCCUUUCUAAGCGGAUAAAUGUCAGAGUCAGCGCCCUUUUAAACUCAUGCCAACAUAACAUCACGGAUGAACGUCAGCUGUCAAACGCUGAGGACAAGCUGAGAGUCCUGGUUUCUUGGAAGAUGUUGGAACUGAUUCAUGAGCACAUCUAACGUCUGUUCUUACAUCUUUUUUUAUUAUUAUUUUGUUGCUCACAUACUUUUACACGAUGUUAUUUUGCACAGAAGUGAUGCAAAUUACAAACUGACUCUGAUAAUGUUGUGUGAUCUGAAUGGAGCUUAUAGUCAAAUAUAGUGAAUAAAAAUUUAAAGCGUC